UUAUAGGGCCUGUUAUACCCAUUGCGCUUUACACUCAUUUUGCUGUAUAACAGUUUCAUAAUCACUGUUGAAUUACGUGACACUUGAGGAUCGGAGACAAAUCAUGGAACUCGAAGAUAAUUCAAGCACAGUCACACCUGCCACCAUGCAUAACUCUACGACCCAACCCUCAAGCAACGCCUUCAAUGACCUGUACCCAGCGAUCUUGGAAUGUUUUGGGAUCAUCCUCCUCGGCUAUGUGGCUGGCAGGACUAAGAUUGUCUCCCCAAGCAACUCCAAGGGCCUAGGCAACUAUGUCACGUACUUCGCCCUGCCAGCGCUAGUCUUCAAAGCUAUGGUGGAGAUGGAUUUCUCAACGGUCAAUUGGCUGUUUUGGAGUAGCAUUCUCAUCUCCAAGACUCUAGUCUUUGCAGUGGUGUACUUUGCUGCUCUCUUCAUCAGCCGUAAGAUUGACGUGGGAAGGGCUGGCAUCUUUGCCAUCUUUGCAACGCAGAGUAACGACUUUGCAUUGGGCUACCCUAUCAUCAAUUCCAUGUACAAACUCCACCAUCCUGACUUUGUCAAUUAUCUCUACCUGAUGGGACCUAUCAGUCUUGCUAUACUCAACCCGAUUGGCUUCCUGUCUAUGGAGAUCCAACGUAACCGGCAAGCUACGCAUCGACACUCACGUCUCGUCAUGAUUGGUCACGCCAUCAAAGGUCUGGUAACCAACCCCAUCAUCGUCAUGGUAGUCCUGGGCAUCGUGGGUAACUUUGCCUUUUCUCACAAGCUGCCUGUGGUAAUCAGUGACUUCCUGUCAGUCCUGGCUGAUUCUUUCUCGGCCACCGCGCUGUUCUUCCUGGGCAUCGGUAUGGUUGGCAAAAUGAAGAAGACCAACAGCCUGUUCUUCCUGACUCCUAUGCUUCUGAUUGGCUGCAAACUAAUAAUGAUGCCCCUAGUAAUGCGUCAAGUAAUCCUGAUUCUGAAACCCGGCGGUGCUGACACGAACUUGACGGAGGCUUUCUCCUCCUUUGGCUUCCUGUAUGGUACCAUUCCUACUGCGCCGCCUGUUUACAUGUAUGCAAUACUCUAUGGGCAAUCUGAAGACGUGAUUGCAACUUCCAUGGUACUCUGCACCUUUGCGUCGGCGCCCAUGAUGUUUAUCACUGCCACUAUGGUCAACCUACCAGUGCAGACCAGCGCAGAGACUCAGUAUCUACUCUCUACUGUCAUGGUGGAUGUGGGCUGCAUUGGCAUAGCAUGCUGCUUCUGGAUCCUAGUUGUAUUCGUCUUAAGCAAGAGGUACAACCUGAUUCCCCACCACUUCACUACACAUCUAGUUGUAGCACAGUUGUUGGCAUCCAUUGGUAUCGUCCUGACCAGGACAGUAGUUGACACUAGCUGGGUCAUGAUUCUCAAGUCUGUGGUUCUUCUCAUCGGAGUGUUCAGCACACGUUGCUGGGCUGCCUUACUGGCCAUUGCACUGUGUAUCAUGAGAUGUAGGAGUCUAUGUGCGGUGCUCAGAUUGCGACUGGCAUUUUACAUCUACGGAUGGGCGGUACCGACUCUGCUGGUAGCCUUGAUUAUCGCCAUAGCGCCUCCAGUAUACAGCGUCAAUCAGCAGAGUGGUGUCUUCCAGUAUGGGGACUGGCAGCUCAUCGCAUCCAUUAUCAUACUGGGCUUCAACUUCAUCCUGGCUGUCAUCGCUCUGAUUAUCCUGCACAGAAAGGAUCGCUACCGACACCUCUACGAGGUCAAAGCUCAAGCCAGCAGUGCGGACUGUUCAGAGGGAGAAGGCGAAACAGAGAGGAUGUUGAAAGCCUCUGGACAAGAUCGUGAAAAAUUGUCUAUACAAGAAAGCGACCAACUGUCACGGAGAAGGGAGUCCAAUCACAACCUUCCCUCGGACAUUGAGGACAUGCGUACCACUUACCAGACAUGCUCACUGUCCACCAACUGUAACGACGCGCAACGUGAGACGUGUCGACGCCGUACCCAGCAACACCAACGCCUGACAGUCAAAGCCAUGGACGGAACGGACCUAGAUCCUGAUGAUGUUGUGGCUUCCCAUCAGCUGGGCAGACACAUACUGCUCCUACUCUUCCUCUUGCUAUCAAUGACAAUUGGUUUUUCAGUGUGUGUCUGGAAGUUGUCCGGUGAAUCCCAGAAUUCCCUGUACCUGAUGCUGGAGUUUCUGGACACGGUCUUGGCAUAUUGCCAAGGGUUCUUCACUCUGGCUGUCUUCGGCUUCGACACACAAAACGUCAUCAUCCCAUUCUACAAUGCAAUGCGACGGUUACUUUGCCGUAAGAAGUACCGGCGGUCUUCCACUGAUGAGGUUGAUGAGCUGGAUGAAGACACAAAGCACACUGUACAGCAGUUUACACAGCAUCAUAUCCAUACAUGCAAGAAGGAUAUCCUGAAAGACAGCGUUGGGCUUCAACAGAGUGAUGGGGUGUUCCGUGGCACGGACUUCGUUGAUUGGCUAGUUGAAGUUGGCCUGGCCAUAGAUAGGGAGGCUGCCGUUGUCUAUGGCAACAGGCUUCUGAUUGGUCAGAUCAUCCGGCAUGCAGACAGGACGCACGGCGGCUUUCAGGACCGCCAGGUGCUGUAUAAAUUUGACUACAAGGACGAGUCAGAGAGUGAUGACCUCCAAGUUGUGACAUAGACAGCCAUCUUGGUCUGGGACUCUGUCUCCCACUCCAGGUCGGUGUGAAGUUUGUUACCAAAUCACGGCCGUACUGGCUGAUUUUCAAAGUACCAACUUUCUGAAAGUUACGAUGAAAGUGAUUUUGAAAAGGUCUACAGCAUUUGUGUAAAAGAAAUAUUUAAAAAAUAAUAAUAUAAUCCUAUUGACUAUUAGGAAUUCUUUUUGGAUUUUUUAGUAGAAUUUCCAGUUGUCUCCAAGGGUGCAGACCAGUAAAUUGACCAGUAAAUUGCCUACGUUGGCCAAAUCACGAUUUGCAUGCCCUCAAAUUAUUCGGUAUUAGACUAUUUUGAAGGCCGUGAAUUUGAGGAUUUGUAAAAAAAAAAAAGAAAAAAGAUGGAAGCCAUGCAGAGGACUGCAAGCUUGUAUUAGUGUGAAAUGUGGAUGAAGUUAGGCCCUAAAAUGGCGCUAUUUCGCAAUGGAGCAUAGGCGGUCGUUUUCAAAUUGUCGAUGAUCACCCCUAACUCAAUACGAGUUUUCAAAUUGGCGAUGGGCUUCAGGCCUGCUUUUAGGGGUGACCAUCUAUGGAUGGAAUUUUUUCCCAAAAGUCAUUAGAUAAGCUCCCAAAAAUGGAAUGGAAAAUGAAAGAUGAUCAAAUAAGCUUUAGGUUGAUGGGUGUCUCAAACACCUUGGAGAGUUGUGAUAUUUAAUAUUUUUGGGAAGUGCGCAUAAUUUAUUUGAUCACUGAGGUCUAUGGCAAUAUAUUUACUGGUCGGUAACCCUAAAGACUAAACUCCAUUGUCUGUUGACAAUUUGUACAUUUAGGACUGUUGGUGCAAUUUUUUUUUGUGUUUUACAAAAACACGUAAAUGUCAUUAUUUCAUCAACUGACCAGAUGACUUAACAUUGUGACCAAAUUUGUCAUGUUUAUUGUACAGUAUUAUUUAA